CAUGUCAGAGGAAUAGCAUCGCCUCGUAACAUUUCAGGCGCGGGAAGAGAUGCAGUAAGGAAAGUGUCGUCCGUCAGACCCACUGAAGCGGCGGACGAGCAUCCGAGAACGCUAAGGGACCGCUAGCAACGGCAGAUGGACAAGACACUGCAACGUAUAAGACAAACAUAAUCAUCACACGUUGCGAUCUGUACUCGUGGCAGUCAGGCGACAAGUCCUGCAACAACAUAUUCAGUAUAUACCAAAGUCCCAAAGCCAGAGAUUUCUGAAGCCAUACUCCCACCGAGGGUACAUACGUCAUGCACAAGACGAUACUCCUCGCCCUCUGGGCAGGCGGAUCGUUCAUUCUCUACAAAAUCGUCGCCUACGUUCUCACAGAGCUUCAUCACCGAAGAGAAGCGAAACGACUCGGCUGCGAGCCCGCAUUCCAGUUCAGGCUCCUCGAUAUCCAGGGCAUUCGAAAUGUGUGGAGAAUGAUUGCCGCAGAUAAGAGAUUCGCGGUCCCUGAAUACCUCAAAGGACGCGUUGACAAUGCUUGUGCCGAGGAAGGAAAGUCUAUCACGACGUUCGCAAUGAAGGUGAUGGGGGCGAAGUCUAUUUUCACAGUAAACCCGAAGAAUGUUCAGGCUGUCCUUGCUACGCAGUUCAAAGACUUCGGCUUAGGCGAGAGGAGGAACGGGAACUUCUCUCCUCUACUUGGACAUGGUAUCUUCUCUACGGAUGGCGCAGAAUGGCAACACGCUCGUAAUCUGCUACGCCCGCAGUUUGCACGUGAGCAAGUCAGCGACCUCGAACUCGAGGAGGAGCACAUCAAGAACCUCAUGCGUGUUCUGCCAGUAAACAAGGAUGGCUGGACAGAUGUCACAGACAUCCAGCCGUUGUUCUUCAGGCUGACUAUCGACUCCGCUACCGAGUUUCUUUUCGGUGAGAGUGACUUCGCAAACUCAUUCGACAAAUCUCAGGGUACAGUCGCUAUGGCGUCUCGUUUGGGUGAGCUAUGGUGGCUAGCUUACGACAAGGAAUUCAGGAAGCACCGCGACAUCUGCUGGCAGUUCAUCGACCACUACGUCCAGAAAGCCCUUUCGCAAGAGAAGGUCUCUGAGAAGCAGACUUCCACCGGAAAGCAGAAGUACGUAUUCCUCGACGCGCUCGCAGAAUCGUCACGCGACCCAAUCGAACUCCGAUCGCACAUGAUCUCCAUCCUGCUCGCCGGCCGCGACACCACAGCGUCUCUCCUUUCCUUCGUCUACACGCUGUUCAUCAAGCACCCCGAGGUCUACCAAAAGCUUCGCGCUGUCGUACUCGAGGAGUUCGGUACCUACAACAACCCCCGCAACAUCACCUUUUCGACUCUGAAGUCUUGCAACUACCUCCAGUGGAUCCUGAACGAGACGCUGCGUCUGCAUCCGGUCGUACCGCUCGAUGGUCGCAGAGCUCUCAAGGACACUACUAUCCCCACUGGCGGCGGCCCGAACGGCGACAAGCCUAUCUACGUGCGCAAGGGCGUCCAGGUCGACUACAGCGUGUACGUGAUCCACCGCCGCAAGGACCUCUGGGGCGAAGACGCCGAUGAGUUCCGUCCCGACCGCUGGGAUGGGAGGAAGUCCGGGUGGGAGUACCUGCCGUUCAACGGCGGGCCGAGGAUCUGUAUUGGACAGCAGUUUGCACUUACAGAAGCUGGCUACGUGCUUGUGAGGCUCGCACAGCGGUUUGAGGAGAUUGUUGGUGUUGGGAACAGCUGGGAGAGUGCAGAGAACGGCGGACAGGGGUACUUCAGGACUAAGCUCAGCUUGACUGGAUGUCCUGCGGAUGGUGUCAAGGUCAGGAUGAAGGAAGCGAAGGAGUAA